CUCAUUAUUCUCUAUCUAGAUCAGGUUUUAUCAGUGAAGGUCUUUUACUCAGGGAUGAUCAUCUCAACCUCAGGGAAAAUGGCAGAUAUCACAGCUUUUAUUUUGGUAUUUACUGCAGUAUUCUCACUUGGAAACAGUCUUCCUGUAGAAAGAGAUGUGACACCACCGCCGUCAAGUAGCUUCGUUUGUUCCUCUGUGUACCAUGGACAGUGUAUAAAUACGUACGAGUUUCAAUGUAUGGGCUUAGCUAUUCCAGGGGUGUGUGGAAACACUACAUCUGAACAUUUCAAUUCUAUAAGCUUUGGAGCAUUGACUGCAAUUCAGUGUUGUAAUAGUUGGCAAGUUCCUCAAGUUGGCAGUGCUGAUGGUGGUAACAGUGGAAAUCCCUUUGGUCGUUAGUAUGUUGGUGCAAGCUGUAACCACUGUUAUUAGGUUCUUUUUUUCUUGAGUACAAAUAAAAUAUCCAAAUUUC